AUGCAUUUGAGUGGGGUCGUCGGCGGCGCGUCUCUUGGACCGGCACUCCUGGCCUAUGCCGGCAGGUCGACAUUGCCCAAGGCAGCGACCCUGGUGCUGUGGCACGCUGCCGGCGCGGGCCUGCUCGUGGCCCUGGCCGCCUCCAGCCACCUAGCCCGUCACACCACCGGCAUGCUUGGCAAGACGCCUCACGGAUCACUCAAGCCCCUCAACCUUGCCCUCUUCUGGCCCUACCAUGCUGCGCUGCGGACCAAGCUGGGGCUGCAGCGGCAGCUAUCGUCCGAACCCAUCUGGAACAGGGUCACCGCAGACUACUACAUUGGCGCCUGGCCAUCCGAGGAGGCCCUGGUGCCGGCCGCCCAGCUGGCAGUGCUUGACGUGACCUGCGAGCUUCCACUUCAAGUGGCCGCCCCCGCCUAUCUGGCGUUGCCCACCUGGGACACCCACUGCCCCACCGUGGAACAAAUCGAGGCCGGCGUGGCGUGGAGCGAGCGCCAGGUGGCGGCUGGCCGGGGCGUGCUCGUGCACUGCGCCCACGGGCAUGGCCGCAGCGCCGCCAUGCUGGCGGCCAUCCUGAUAGCCCGCGGCGACGCGGCCGACGUCGCGGGGGCGGUGGCCAUGCUCGUGGCCGCGAGGCCCCGCGUGCGGCUGAACGCCCGGCAGCAGGCGGGGCUGGCGGCGUGGCUGGCGGCCAGGAAGGGCAGGCAGUGA